AAUAUAAUUCCGCUAUCAAAAAUAACGACCUUGAAUUAAUUCAAUAAAUCAUGUAUUUUUUUACUAUAAACUUUCUCAAUCGUCUGUCCGUCGGUUUGGGUAAACAAAAAUUGAUUUAGAUGACGUUAUUAAAUUCGAUAAGCUAGGAAGGUUUUUGACGUAUAUCUCGAGCAAUGAAUCCAGAAGUAGAGAUAAUAUUAAGUAUGACUGCAGGCAUGGCUUAUGAACCAAGUUACAAAGAAUAUUCAGAUUUUCCUUAUACUGAAGAACCUGUAUGGAUUUUAGGCAAAAAAUAUAGUAUAUUACAUGAUUUAGAAGAAUUAAGAGUAGAUAUUUGUUCGAAGAUAUGGUUUACAUACAGGAAAAAUUUUUCCCCAAUAGGUGGAACUGGUCCAACAUCAGAUUCGGGAUGGGGAUGUAUGCUAAGAUGUGGACAAAUGGUGAUGGCACAGGCACUUGUAUUUCGUCACUUAGGCAAAGGUCAGAAUUAAUAAUUGUUUAAAAUU